AUGACAUCCACUACUUACUCCAACUUGACUGUUGCGGUAGCACUUUGGGGGAAAAAACCACCGAAACAUCGCAUUACGUGUAUACAGUGCUCAAAAGAUGGCAAAACUAUUAUCACAGGUGCGGAAGAUGGUAAUUUAAUUUUUUGGGAAAAGUGUGAUAAAAAUUUACGGGCAAAAAUGAUGAUGAUUGGACACGAGAACUCCAUUACUGCUUUGUCAGCCACUGAUUCAGCUGAAAAUUUGACUAGAUUUGUAAGUGCUUCGGCAGAUGGGCAGUUAACGCUGUGGGACGGUGUAGAUGGACGAAGUAUCGAUAGUAUUUUUACAACAUACAUUCAUCGACGUAUUAUGCUUCAUCGAAACACCAGUGAUUCUUUCAAUAUAUACAAUUUGUAUUGCAUGGGAGAUUACUCAGAAAUAGUAGUAAUUAACCCUCAGGAUAUGAUCAUACUUUUUACACUGAGUUCACGAGUGGAUCCUGAUUGGAUAGCUGCAUUCACUUUCAUAACUCUCCCGACAAAACAAGAUACUGUUUUGGGGUUAACGACAUGUGGUAUGGUCAAAAUUUGGACGCUGGUUGAUCUAGAUAAGAAGGAAUCACCCAUAUAUGAGACAGAGUCGAAAAAUUUAGAGAUGAGUGAGAUUUGUUCAGUUUCGUGGCAUCCUUCUUCAUUUUCUAGAUUUUUGAUUUUUACUUCUAAUUCAUGGCAGGUUACUGCGUAUUUUUCUGAUGAACAGAUUUGUGAUGGAAAAUUAUUACCUGGAGAACGUACUGCAAUAGCUCGUGGGGAUGAUACAAUAUGUAUUUAUCAGCUUCCUCGUUUAACCCAUGGCGUUUUGAACAGCGGUAUUGAAAGUUGUCAGCCAUCUCUUCUAAUGAUUCUUCAGUGCACCUCGCCAACCAAUUAUAUCCUGUGGCCAGAUAACAUAAGUUUUUGCUUUGGAAGGCAGCUGAACACUCAUAUUAUUUGCCGAGCUGAUAAGGAAGGUAACGUAGCGCUUUGGAAUCUUGAUGAUUCCUUACUGUUGGAAUCACAAAAUGGAGUGCCAAUUAAACAUCCUGAGCUGGAAACAAGCAUAGAUUGUCAGUGGAAAAGUUUGAAAAGUCUGCCACCAUCCAUAUGUGAUCUAGAAGAUGACUGCGAAAUAACAGCUACUCAUUAUGUAAGUAGCCAGGGCCGUCUUGUGAUUGGACGUGCUGAUGGAAUCAUAUUAUUACUUUACAUUUGUGACGUCAUUUCAAAACAGCUGUUAACAAGUGAUGAAGAGCUCAGUUAUCGUCGAUUGUAUGGGCACUCUUCUUCUGUCACAUGUUUCCUUUACCCACAUGAGGAACAUGCCCGAUAUGAUCAGCAAAUAUUAAUCUCUGGAUCCAGUGACUUCACGGUUAUAGCAUGGAAUGUAAAUACUGGAUCGAAAUUAUGUAGAUUUUGUUCCCAAGGAGGUCCUAUACUACGGAUGCUUAUUCCUCCAGAAACAUGUAACCCAAGAAUUCUUCACACAAUUUGUUCAAUCGCAGGAGAUAAUUCAGCCGCGCUAUUUUCAUUAAAGGAAUUAAAGUGCAUACUCUUAGCAAGCAGACAAUCAUUCCCUAUAGUGGAUGUAAAGUGGCGGCCUUUAGAUGAUUUUUUAUUAUUGAAAUGUGAAGAUGAAACUGUUUAUAUAUGGCAGAUGGAAACUGCAAGUUUGGAAAGGAUUGUAAGUGGGCAGAUGUCAGAAGACAUUAUACUCGCAUGUGAUGAACAGAUUGGUAUUUCAGAGAGGGAUGAUGAAAUUGGUGUCUCUCAAGCCGUACAGAUGUUACGUGCUUUGAAAAACAAAAACAUAUCCGCGAUGAAACAAAUUGCAACUGGUGGACGAGAUGGAAAAAUUGCAAACACAACUGAGAAAGUUCUGGAAUUACCACCUCCCAUGAAUGUGAAAACUAUGAAUAAAGCCUCUACUGGACUCGUUUCUCUUGAAAAUGCUCUGUCAUCUGGAGAAAGCAUGGAAAACAAAUCGUUGUCUACAAUAUUGAUGAGUAAACAAGUCUCAGAUUCCAGAGCUGCAUCAGAGUCUAAAAUUGCAUGGCAAACUGGAUCUAGCCUUUACUUGGAUGUCGCGAAACUGUGUAUGAGUUUGUUGCAUGCUUGGACUCUCGAUCGCGAUUUAGAUAAAAUUUGCCUGAGGAAACUACGUCUUCUGAAACCAGCCAUUCCACUGAGUUAUGGUGUUGUAUCACGACAAGGCCAUACGGGAGUUUUCAUGCCUACAGAAAAAUUUAUUGAUGAUAUUUCAUUUGAUACUUUCGCGAGUUCCGUGCGAUGGACUAUUAGUAGUUCACUAACGACAUCUCAUUUGGUGACAGUUAUUGCUCUCACGAAUACGUUAAUGUCUUUACGAAGUGCUUCUUUUGAUAUUGCUAAGCGAAAUAUCCUUCUGAGAAACUCACAGUUACGUUCAUCUGGUUCUGAUUUUCACGAUGGCGAUUCGCAGUUAAGACAAGGCUGGUCGUUAAUUGCUGCACUUCAUUGUUGUCUUCUACCUGAUCUCAUUAAACCAAAAAAUGCUUACUGUUCACCGAGGAUAGAAUUAUGGCAAGACCGAUGUUUGGAAGUAAGAAUGGCAGCGCAGGCGCUGUUAACACGAGAAUUAACACGUUUAAGUGUCAGCGGACGUAAACGAUUGCUAGAAUCGUGGUCUGCGUUUCUUCCAACUCUUCUGGAUCCAACUCUUUCAAUUUUUGGUAAUCGCGCAUUAGUAGCAUCCAUGAAUUCGGCUCUUGAAACUAACAGCGUUCCUCAGCCACCUCCAAUUCCUCAACGUAUUGGAGAAAUCGCUCUUCCUGAUCCAACUAUUAAUGUGGAUAUCAAAUUAUCAAAAGAGGCAGGUGUGCAGCAAAUUCGCCGAAAUCAAGCUACUUCAUUAAUAUUACUUGGCGUCAUUGGUGCCGAAUUUCCGGAUGAAAUGAGCAAAGUUGUUUAUUUAUUAGACAUUUCUCGAGCUACUGCACAAUCUCUUUUGGAAUUACUGAUUGCCCCACCAUCGAUAUUGUUACCGUUACAUUCUCCUCUUCGUCGCGCAGCAGUAGAUCUGAUUGGACGAGGUUUUGGGGUUUGGCAACCUCAUCUAGAUAUCAGCAAACUAUUACUUAUUCUUUUGGAAUUAGCGACAGCUACUGAGAACCAAUCACUAGACAUGACUUCUGCAAUUUUAACUCCAUCACUUGAUGUUUGCCGUACUGCACGUCAUACGUUAAGUUUAAUUGCUACUUCGCGUCCACCUGCUGUGAUUACUGCAUUGAGUAAAGAGGUGGCUCGUUAUAAUAGUGUAGUACAGCACCAAACAAUUCAACACUCUGCGACUAGUCCUUUAUUGAAGUCUCGAGUAGAGGUGUUACGAAUCAUUGAAUUGCUUUCAGAAAAAGAAUAUACAAAUGUUGUUGACUUGAUCAUCCCGGUAUAUUUGUGGUUCUAUAUGGUUUCAUAUUGCCCCAAUACUCGUCGCAUUGCAUUUGGUGGGCGGAAUGGCAUAGUUGUAGUUCAUGAGCUAAGAGCUGCUAAAGUACAGACACUACAAGCUCACAAAGGAGCAGUGACAUCUGUGGCAUUUUCGGAAGAUGGAAAAUUUCUUGCUACUUAUGGAGCAGAAGAAGCCAAAUUAUUAUUUUGGCAAACUUCACAGACAUUUCUGGGAAUGGGACAAAGUCAGUUGAAAUGUGUGAGGUCACUGUCAGCACCCGGGAUCUUUCCGGUUUUCUCUCCAAAUGGCACAUCUCAGCCAUUUAGAGCUCGUUUAGUGUGGAUUUCGCACAAAUCAGUCACGUUGAUGCUUCCAAGCAACAAAGAGUACAGGUUCGCUUUCUGA